AUGAAUUUUCAGCUUCUACUAGUAGCUGGGAGACGGUAUUUGAGCAGAGCUGUGAAGCCUGCGGUCAAAAUUCCGAACGAGAGGCAGAAGGCUAGCCCUACGAAUUUCAAUAAGAACUUUCCGCAGCAUCGCCGAGUCAAGGCGUGGGAGAGAGAUGGUGAAGACAAGGAUACGUGGUUCCGGAGAAAAUAUGCGCAUGUUCACACCAAAGAUAAGAAUAGGCAAGAUCCUUUUGGGAAACGAGAAGCGCAUGAGAGGAAAGUGAGGAAAGAACAAGAAAACCUUCGGGAGCAACAUCGAGAGCAUAAAUCGAAGUUUCAAAGAAACCCCACCACGUUAGCACUCAAAAGGAAUCCCUUGAUGGAAUACGUUUAUGGGAUAAAUAGCGUUACUGCUGCUUUGCAAGUCAAUAAGAGAGACUACUUCUCUAGAUUACUUCACUACUCGCCCUUGCCAGAAACGUUGAAAGCGCUGGCAAAAGAUAGAGGAACAAAGAUUGAGGAAGUUGAUAAGCAUAGACUUAAUCUUUUAACAAACUAUGGUGUUCAUAAUAAUGUUGUUUUAGAAACCAAACCUCUGCAACCGAUCGAAAUAUCCCAUCUAGGAGCAUGCGACGAUGAAACUAAGAAUUUGCAGUAUUCUGAGGUCUAUUUCGACGAACAGCUACCGCGUACAAUGCCUUUCGUAACUAAAAGUGGCAAACACUUCCCGUUAGGGUUGUAUUUAGAUGAAGUUGUUGACCCACACAACGUUGGCGCCAUAGCAAGAACAGCCUACUUCUUGGGAGUUGAUUUCCUAGUAAUGUCGCGCAGAAACUGUGCCCCGCUAUCACCAGUAGCUAAUAAGACUAGCAGCGGGGCUAUUGAACUGCUGCCUAUUUUUGUUACUGAUAAACCUCUGGAAUUUUUCUCUAAAUCUCAACAAGAAGGUGCAUGGAGUUUCGUCACCAGCGGCUUAGUAAAGGAUAGCAAAUACACACGCGACAAGAAAUUAAGCGUUGAAGAUUUGCAUGGUAUGUUGCAAGAAUUGCCAGUCAUGUUAGUGGUGGGGAACGAGGGCACUGGAGUGCGAACAAAUCUACAAAUGAGAAGCGAUUUCUUAGUUGAGAUACCAGCAGGUAGGGGAGAAUUAGGGACUGGAGGGGUCGACUCACUCAAUGUUAGCGUAGCUACUGCAAUUUUACUGAAUGCAUUACUUAAUUGA